GUUUUUGUUUAUUUCAUUCUUCAAUACUAAUCUUUGCCUGGACUCUGACAGACGACGUCGUGGAAGGCAAAGACAACUUCGUGUGGAGACUGAACUGUGUGUGGGUUCCCGUUGGUCGUUACUCCCCAAAUCCCAAUCGCACUUCGACGGCGGAGAUCGGAUCUGCUCUGUAUCUCUUUCAGACCGAGACGAGAGAGAGUGAGGUGACUCUCCCACACCGCAGUGUCGGUGAGCUGCGAAUAACCUGCCAAAAGUGAAUAUCCAUAACACGAUGGCGACGAUGGAUCCGCUGAUGACGCCGUUGGGGCAAAUGCUAUUGGAGGAGAUCACUCCGGUGGUGAUGCUCAUUUCAACUGCUUCUGUCGAAGAAGCUUCCCGCAAGAACGGCCUCUCCUUCCUCCAGAUGCUAACGCCGUUCUGCUCCUUCGACAACAUCGACGUGCCUGUUAGGACUGCCAGUGACCAACCCUAUCGCCUUCACAAGUUCAAAUUGCGCUUGUUCUACGCUUCCGAUGUUAGGAGGCCUGAUUUGAAGGAAGCUAAAGAGCAAUUGAAGCAAGUUAUCUCGGAGGCUGGGGAGAAAGAGUUUCCUGACUCGAAUUCAGAUUUGCCGGAAAUUAAUCGUGAACUUUCCUCGAGUUCUGAAUACGAAAAUACACCAUCCUGGUUCCGGUUUCUCAAUAAAGAGCUUGUUCGUGUGGCUUCCUUUUCAGACCAUGAAGCUUUUGACCAUCCCGUGAUAUGUCUUCUUGCUGUCUCUUCUAAGGAUGAGCAACCUAUUAACAGAUUUGUUGACUUUUUUAAUACCAAUAAGCUUCCUUCCCUUCUUAAUGAUGGAGCAAUGGAUCCAAAAAUUUCAAAGCAUUACUUGUUGGUUCAUGAUAAUCAAGAUGGUCCUGCAGACAGAGCAAGUAAAAUAUUGACAGAUAUGAGGAGUACAUUUGGUACUGGCGAUUGUUCUUUGCUUUGUAUUAAUUCUUCCCAGGAGGCUCCAUUCAAACAUCAAGAUAAUCCUUGGGCUUCCUAUAUAUCUGAUUCCUCAUCUAGUUCCACUCAAGAUGUUGGUUGCUUUCUUAACAUGGACGAUAUUGAUGAGAUUAAAGUUCUAAUGCAAGAUUUAUCAUCUAAGCGCAUAAUUCCAAAUAUGGAGCAAACAAUUCGUAUACUCAACCAACAGGUUUCUGCAACACGGAAAGGGUUUAGAAACCAAAUAAAAAAUUUAUGGUGGAGAAAAGGGAAAGAAGACGGUGCAGAUUCUCUCAAUGGUCCUGCGUAUAACUUUAAUUCCAUCGAAUCCCAGAUUCGAGUUUUGGGUGAUUAUGCUUUCAUGUUACGAGAUUAUGAACUUGCCUUGUCAAAUUAUCGCCUAAUUUCGACAGAUUACAAGAUUGAUAAAGCCUGGAAGCGCUAUGCUGGUGUGCAGGAAAUGAUGGGGCUUACUUACUUCAUAUUGGAUCAAUCAAGAAAGGAAGCUGAGUAUUGCAUGGAAAACGCAUUUAACACAUAUUUAAAGCUUGGAUCAUUGGGUCAGCUAAAUGCAACGCGAUGUGGCUUGUGGUGGAUAGAAAUGUUAAAGGCACGUGAUCAAUAUAAAGAGGCAGCUACUGUUUAUUUUCGUAUUUGUGGUGAGGAUAUCCUACAUUCUGCUGUGAUGCUUGAACAAGCAUCAUACUGCUACUUGUUGUCUAAACCCUCCAUGUUACGCAAAUAUGGAUUUCAUCUAGUGCUUUCUGGUGAGCAGUAUAAAAAGUGUGAUCAGAUUAAACAUGCAAUUCGAACCUACCGAUGUGCACUUUCUGUUUUUAAAGGAACUACUUGGAGUUAUAUCAAUGAUCAUGUUCAUUUCCAUAUAGGACAGUGGUAUGCUUCCCUUGGGAUGUAUGACGUGGCUGUCAAGCAUAUGACGGAAAUUUUGUGCUGUAGCCACCAGUCCAAGACAACACAGGAAUUAUUCCUAGGCGACUUUCUUCAUAUUGUGGAGAAAACUGGACGAACAUUUGAGGUAACAAAGCUUCAAUUGCCUGUAAUCAACAUCUCUACACUCAGGGUAAUCUAUGAAGAUCACCGGACCUUUGGAUCCCCUUCAUCUGCUAACAUUAGAGAAGCCUUGUGGCAUUCUUUGGAGGAGGAAAUGCUGCCAUCAUUCUCUGCUGCCAAGACUAAUUGGUUGGAGUUGCAAUCAAAGCUUAUAUUAAAAAAGCACAGUCAAAAUGUUUGUGUUGCAGGCGAAGCUGUGAAGGUGACUAUUGAAUUUAAAAAUCCUCUGCAAAUCUCAAUUCCCAUAUCUAGUGUUACACUUGUAUGCAAGUAUUCUGCCAGUACUGAUGAAGUGAUAUCAAAUGAAAAUGAGUCAAGUAUGGAGAAAGAUAAUAAGGUCGGCCACUUUAGAAAUAUGAGCUCCGACAAUUCCUCAUUUAUGGUGUCUGAGGUUGAUUUCUUACUAGGAGGUGGUGAAACAACCAUGAUCCAACUAUCAGCUACUCCCAGGGAAGAGGGCACUCUUGAAAUUAUUGGUGUCAGGUGGAAACUGUCUGGGACAAUUGUGGGCUUUUACAACUUUGAGUUGGGUCUACCAAAGAAGAAUAUUUCAAAAAGAAGGAAAACAAAGCACCUUCCAAACGAGAAAUUUAAAUUUAUGGUGAUUAAGAGCAUACCGAAGCUUCAGGGUUCCAUCCACCCUUUACCUGGAAAGGCACAUGCUGGAGAUUUACGGCAGCUUGUUUUGGAAUUGAGGAAUCCAUCGGAGUUUCCUGUUAAGAAUCUGAAGAUGAAGAUAAGUCAUCCUAGGUUCCUUAUAAUUGGGAAGCAGGAAAAUAUGAUGUCGGAGUUUCCUGCGUGUUUAAGAAAGAAAACAGAUUCAGUACAAAGUGUUAUGCAUGAUAAUCCUAAUAUCACUACUGACACAGUUUUUUUGUUUCCAGAGGGUACAUCAGUUCAAGGUGACACACCCUUCUUGUGGCCUCUUUGGUUUAGGGCUGCUGUUCCAGGUGAUAUAUCUCUUUGCAUGAGCAUAUAUUAUGAGAUAGGAGAUGUAUCAAGUGUCAUCAAGUAUCGCACUCUUCGCUUGCAUUACAAUGUGCAGGUGUUACCAUCAUUGGAUGUCUCAUUUCAAAUCUGUCCUUUCCGAUCAAGAUUGGAAGAAUUUCUUGUUCGAUUGGAUGUUGUUAAUAAGACUAGCUCAGAAAGUUUCCAAGUUUGUCAGUUGUCAUCAGUUGGUCAUCAAUGGGAAAUCUCAUUAGUUGAAGCUCCGGAUAGUAUUUUUCCUUUACAAUCACUGAUGGCUGGUCAAGCAAUAUCAUGUUUCUUUACACUAAAGAAAUCAAGGAGGCUUUUGACAUUUGGGGAUGACGUGUCUACAUCCCCUGUCAAAAGUGAUGCAAUAUUGGUACCCCAAAGCAUAAAGGAUAUAGUUUAUGACGUAAACAGUGCACCUUUGGUCAAUUUCCACCAUUACGAAAGAUUGCAGCAGGAAGUUUCAUACAAGGGUGACUUAAAUACUGUGGAUUUUGUGUUAAUCUAUCGGCCAUUUAGGAGUAGCGACGAUCCUGGUUUCUCCACUUCGUCUGUAAUGUCCCAUCACGCGUGCCACUUCAGUACUGCUAGCACGGGUCCCAUUUCAUGGCUAGUGGAUGGACCUCAAACCAUGCAUCAUGACUUCUCUGCAUCAUUCUGUGAAAUAAAUAUGAAGAUGCAUAUUCACAAUUCAUCUGGUGCCACUACUUUUGUACGCAUUGACACCUUAGAUUCAGAUGGUAAUAGUGAACAGAUAAACAGUGUAAAUGUGGUUCAAUCUGCAACUACCGAUAACCAAGCAGGAUGGCACGAUAUCGCCCCAGUGAAUGAACUCAAAGUCGCCUCAAAUGCUCUUGAAACCCAACCAGGAAAAGCACUAUCAUUGGAAAGUGCCUCCUCAUAUAUUUGGUCUGGAUCAAGUUCAACCCAUCUCCACAUUGAGGCUAUGUCCUCGGUAGAAAUUCCUCUUCAGAUCUGUGUAUUCUCUCCUGGGACGUAUGACCUGUCAAAUUACGUUUUGAAUUGGAAACUUCCAUCCAAUGGACAGGGAGAUAGUGAUGAAAAGAGGCAGCAAUCAGGCCAGUGCCAGGGGUAUAAAUACUAUCUUACCGUGCUCCAGUCCACUUGAGAAGUUUGUAAAUGUUUUUGCUGUUUGUUUAUCUCAUGCUAGAAUCUAGAUGAGUUGUAGCCGGGGCUGUACAUAUAUUAUACACAUUUCCAUGUAUUGUUAAAAUGUCUUUAGGCAUAGAGCAGUGUAAAAGUUCGGUGGAUAAAGUGGUGAAAUCAACUUUUUUAUCCGAACAAAUAAGGACGAUGGCAACCUACAAUUCAUCGAACAGGUUGGUUGGCUGGCGUAUUUGGACUGGCCAAGUUUGAGAAAAAAAGAAAGCGUUUUUACGAAGCCUUAACAAUUUUUUGCAUGCCCCGCGGUUAAGUAGGGAUGGAUAGAAUUGCAGAGUGGACGUGCACAGGUAAUUAAAUCAGAGUUUUUCGUCCUUACCCCUGUAGGGGGUAACGCGUCACCAGCGCAAGAAUUGGUUACACUUGCAUUGCACGCACCAAAUGUUUUCAGCGUACUUCAACGAGGAUAAGGGCGAUUCUUCUUUCUCAUUUUUCUACAUAUCAUCCAAGCAGCUCAGAUUGCUUAGUUUUUGAGUCUUGCCUUUACUAAACUGUAACAAAAUUAUUCCAAUAUUAUAGGAUAUGGCAUUUUAUUGUUA